AAAUCCCGUAGGAUAAAGUGACUAAACAACGACUCCCUCCUUCAACACCACCACCACCCCACUCGCUAUAAAUCCAUCCUUCAUCUUCAACUUCUCAUAAUAAUUCUCAAACAACUUCUCAUAAUAAUCCAUUCCAUUCAUUUCAACAUGAACUCCAAUCACGUGCUUCUCGAAGAACCGAUUCGCAUGGCUUCCAUUCUCGAACCAUCCAGAUCCAGUUAUUUUCCGUCAAUGACGAAGAUCGUCGGUACUCUCGGACCGAAAUCGAGAUCUGUGGAGGUUAUUUCACGGUGUCUCAUGGCCGGAAUGUCUGUGGCACGAUUCGAUUUUACAUGGGGUGAUGCUGAGUUUCACCAGGAGACAUUGGAAAACUUGAAGAUUGCGAUCAAGCAAACGAAGAAGCUGUGUGCUGUGAUGCUAGAUACAACUGGCCCUGAACUCCUUGUUGUCAACAAAGGUGAUCAUCCUAUACCUCUUGAAGCAGGUUCGUUCGUUGCUUUAACACCCGAUCAAGAAAAAGAAGCAACUUCAAGUUUAUUGCCGAUUAAUUUCGGUGGUCUGGCUAAGGCAGUAAAGCCUGGUGACACCAUUUUUCUUGGCCAAUACUUGUUUACAGGAAGCGAAACAACAUCUGUUUGGAUGGAGGUUUCUGAGGUCAAAGGUGAUGAUGUUGUUUGUCUUAUAAAAAACUCGGCUGUUCUUGCUGGUACAUUGUACACUUUACAUGUUUCUCAAGUUCAUAUCGACUUUCCGACACUCCCUGAUAAAGAUAAAGAGGUUAUCAGCACAUGGGGUGUCAAAAACAGUGUUGACUUUCUAUCUCUGUCGCAUGCCCGCAGUGGGCAAGAUAUUCGAGAAGCUCGUGAAUAUCUUUCUAAACUAGGCGAUCUCAGUCAAACUCAGAUUUUUGCAAAAAUUGAAAACGUAGAGGGCCUAGUGAAUUUCGACGAAAUCCUUCAGGAAGCGGAUGGCAUUAUCCUUGCUAGGGGUAAUUUGGGAAUAGAUCUUCCUCCCGAGAAGGUAUUUUUGUUUCAAAAAGCUGCUGUUUACAAAUGCAAUAUGGCUGGGAAACCGGCUGUUGUUACUCGUGUUGUGGAUAGCAUGACUGACAACUUAAGGCCCACCCGUGCUGAAGCUACUGAUGUUGCUAAUGCUGUUUUAGAUGGAGCUGAUGCAAUUCUUCUAGGUGCAGAGACAAUGCGGGGGCUGUACCCUGUCGAGAGUAUCUCUAUUGUUGGUAAAAUUUGUGGAGAGUCUGAGAAAGUGUACAAUCAAGACUCGUAUUUCAAGAAAACCGUCAAAUAUGUCGGUGAACCAAUGAGCCACAUGGAAUCUAUUGCUUCCUCUGCGGUCCGUGCUGCUAUAAAGGUGAAAGCAUCGGUUAUCAUUUGCUUUACUUCAACUGGAAGAGCUGCAAGGUUAAUCGCGAAGUACAGGCCUACCAUGCCUGUGCUCUCUGUGGUGAUACCACGCCUUAAAACGAAUCAACUUCGCUGGACCACUACUGGCGCUUAUGAGGCAAGGCAAUCGCUUAUCAUAAGAGGUCUUUUCCCGAUGCUUGCAGAUCCUCGACACGCUGCUGAAUCUACAGGUGCUACAAAUGAGACAGUUUUAAAGGUGGCGUUGGAUCAUGGUAGAAACAUCGGUGUGAUAAAGCCGCAUGAUCGGGUUGUUGUUUGCCAGAAAGUCGGGGAUGACUCUGUGGUCAAGAUUAUUGAGCUUGAAGAUUAGUAAUUUACUAGUAGACGGUUAUCGUCUCUUAUACUAUGUAACUUCCUUUUGUUAGAUUUCGGACUACGUGUUUGUUCCAGGUGUAAAUCUCAAAGCUUGAGCUCAAGUUUUUGUUAUGGCGUUAUAAAAGAAGAUCGUUUAAAAAAGAGUGGGUCUUUUAGUUUA